AGUGCUAUCUCAGGUAUAAAAGAAAACAUUUACUUUCUAAAACAUUAAAAAGUUAAGAAAAUAGAUGAUGUUGCUUAUAGUUCUAAAUAUUUAAUAUCUAAGCUUUUUAAAAACGACAGCCUAUCAAGUCUACCAGGAUCCAGGCGGUUCCGCUCAUUACUUGUUAUGUUGCCGACAAUUGAAAAAAGGCGCUCAAAAAGAACAGAUGCUUUCGUGAUAAUCUCAUACUACAUCAUGUCUAUUGAGUGAACGUGGUGAUAAUUACAGUUUUUUUGCUAGUAAAGCUUAGCAUCAUACUUCAGGUGCACAACUGCCUGUUAUAAACAGUGUUAAAUUUCUUAGUUUAAGCCUUGACUUUCUAGAACAAGUGUAUUAGUUGUAAAGAGUUGCAUUUUCACUAGUAACUAAAUAAAAUCACGGGUUACUAUUAUUUUGUGAAAACUGUGAUUUAAUGUCUAAAAUUAAAAGUAUUUGUUUCAUUUAUUGCUCCAUAACAGAGUAAUUAUAAAUAAUUGAACGGUUUAUACUAAAAGAGAUUUUUUUUUUCGUACCUAAGCUGAGAGCCUUGAGAUGCUAUAUCAGCGUAGCCUUAACUAGUAGGUGAGCUCACGGGGCUCAAACCUGAUGACGUUGCUAACACGAACCCGUUUUGUUUUUUCGGGCCGGGGGCCGAACCUCCUACGAUGUCCCCGCGCCUAGGGGGCGCGUGGGGUAUGUGGGACUUAACAAUCUGCAAGGUGUUGUGAGCAGAACACGGGCCCAAGGAAUUUUAGGGCCCACCCACUAAACGACUCCCCUGCACUCUUCGCCCAAGCGUCCGAUCCCCUCCGAGGUCAGAACCCGGAUGAGGUAGGGGGGUUACCGCGGUCAACACUACAACCAGACAGCGCGGCUCACCCCAAGGACGCCCAGCGGUCGGAGCCUUCGAGACGAAACGAAGGCUCGAAUUCAAGGCCUUUUCAAGGUCGCAUCUCAGUCGGCUGCAAGCAGCCCCCGCAGUCGCACGAUGCGACACGUACAAUGACGACACGCGGCCGGGACGACACUGUCGAGUUGUUGCCGCUCAAAUCCGCUCUGGUCAACAACAAUUACAAGGAAGAUGAUGUAUACUACGCUCCCAAUCAGGCCGUAGUUGACAAUCCAUCGAGCGGCAGCUCCUACGAGUACACGUUCCUGUCAAAACGAACGCCUGCUUCUAAACGAUUAUUGUCGUCCCGAAGCACGCAGCCGUCGCCGAGCCCACUGGUGACGCUGUGCGGGGCGCCGCCCCCGUCCAGGAAGCGAGAGGAGCUGGCUGCUCUUGCUAACCUGAGAAAGAAAGUAGCGCCAGCAUUGCUCAAGUCCGACAGAAACUGCAAGAACAACAAUAACAAUCAGAAAGCAGAGGCGACAGUAGUGCAACUCGACAACAGACCUAAAUUACUGCAAAGGAGAGUGAGUCUGGCUGUCCAACGAGGCAACGUAGCCAGUAUCUUGGGGACUGUGCCUCCUUCAAGCGCGUUGGAAGAUCUGUUCUACUGUGUUCUGCAGAACAGACCGGUGAGUAUGGUGGUGCAGUGGAGCGAGGUGCGUACGGCGUGGCAGGACAGCGACUUCAUAACCGAGUGCUUGUGUUGGCAUAACGUCUACCGACAGAGGCACGGCGCGCCCCAGCUUUAUAUGGCCCCAGAGCUCUGCGAUUACGCUCAAGCGUGGGCCAACCAUCUCGCUCACACCAACAAGUUCCACUAUAGGAACGACAGAGACGUAGGACAGAAUCUAUAUCAAAGGCCCGUUAGCGCUCUACAACCAGAGAUUACGGGGCAAGAAGUCUCGUCGUACUGGUACGCGGCAGUUAAGCAAUACAAUUUCUUUAAGGAAUCCGAUGUUCUUCAUGCAAACGUUAACGCUGGUCACUUCACACAAAUGGUAUGGAUUUCGACUCGUUAUUUCGGCGUGGGUAAGGCCAGAUCCCGCGCUGGCAAGGUCAUAGUGGUCGCAAACUACUCUCCGCCCGGCAAUAUAUCCGGUCGUUUUGAGACGAACGUCUUACCGCCGUUGCCGGAUAGCUUCCCGGAUCUGACACCGCUUCCGGAACACUGACGACGAUUUUCUAUACGUGGUAGGAGAUUGAAGAUCGACGCCACGUAUUUACAGUAAAACUGGAGGCGCAUUGCUUGAUGCCCAGCUCAGUACAACUAAUUGCUUUAAUUACAAAAAAUGUGCCACGCUACUAAUCAAAUUUUACAUGUCUGUUUUUAUUUUUGGACAGCGAAUGGAUGUGGAUUUAGUAUGAAGGCCAGAGGACCCCCACGAUCUCUUUCUGAACGGUUUUUAAUGCGGAAAUACUGGUACUGGUGGUUUACUUAUACCACUAUCCUGUCUAUUUCUGCCGUGAAGCAGUAACGCGUUUCGGUUUGAAAGGUGGGGCAGCCGUUGUAACUAUACUGAGACCUUAGAACUCAUAUCUCAAUGUAGGUGGUGGCAUUUACGUUGUAGAUGUCUAUGGGCUCCAAUAACCGCUUAUCACCUGGUGGGAUGUGAGCUUGUCCUCCCAUCUAAGUAAUUAAAAAAAUCGACUGGCCUCGUUGUGUUACAAUGUAUAUUUCCCACCAUCCGUCCGUAGUACUAGUGUCCUUACGGCCUGGCCACGGGGAUCGGCGGUGCGAACAGCGAAGCGGUGGGCGAGGCGACCAUUCGCGCAGCACCGUUUGCAGGCCACGGGUACUCACGUUCGCCGCCGCGACUAGUAAGGAAGUCCGACAGCGAAAUGUCUAUAUCGAAAUUAUCUCGAUAUUGCUUACAAAUUAAUAGUUUUUUGGUUCAGGACCUAUUAUUUGGAAAAGAUUGUGAAGUACAUGAUUUGAAUAAGAAUCGGAGUAUACCUAUAGAUGGAGAAUUCCACAAGAAGUACGAGAAAUACUUUGGGUGGCUAGACUUCCAAAUAGCUGGUCUAGCUAGUAUUUCAGCUAUUUUAUUUUUUUAUUGCUUAGAUGGGUGGACGAGCUCACAGCCCACCUUGUGUUAAGUGGUUACUGGAGCCCAUAGACAUCCACAACGUAAAUGCGCCACCCACCUUGAGAUAUAAGUUCUAAGGUCUCAAGUAUAGUUAUAAUGGCUGCCUCACCCUUCAAACCGAAACGCAUUACUACUUCACGGCAGAAAUAGGCAGGGUGGUAGUACCCACCCGUGUAGACUCACAAGAGGUCCUACCACCAGUAAUUACGCAAAUUAUUAUUUUGAAGAUUUCAUUUUUAUCACACGAUGUUAUUCCUUCACCGUGGAAAUCAAUCGUGAACGUUGAGUGUUGUUGAGUACGUAUUUCAUUACAAAAAUUGGUACCCGCCUGAUAUUCGAACACCGGUGCAUCGCUCAACACGAUUGCACCGGACGUCCGUUAGGCCACGACGACUUUAAAAAUAUAAAAUAAAAAAUAAAUAAAAAAUAUAAAAAUUUCGGCGUUAAUUUUUCGCGGCGAAAACAACUAAACUCAUUUAAUCACUGCACUAUUCGCCGCGACUACCGCUCGACUCCGUGGCUCGCGCCGUCCGUAUUCAUGCAUUUGUUUUGCUCGCCCGCCGCAUCGCGCGAUUCGCUCGGUACAUUUCGCCGGUCGCUUCGCCGGUCGCCGGUGCGCGUGGCUUGUUAGGUACAUUUCUAUGCGCUUGUUUUAGUCGCUAGACGCUUCGCCGUUCGCACCGCGCGAAUAUUCGCAUCGGCGAAUGUCCCGUGGCCAGGCUGUUACAGAGACAGAGACGACUUUACCGAUGUGGCAGGGUGUGGGCGCAAAAGUGUCAGAGGGCGCCGACUUUGACACUUUCAAUGAACCUGCUACAUUUGUACUUAUUCCAUUUUGAACGCGAGCUCAACUAGAGGGCGCUAGGGUAAUUAUUGCACACGCUACGUAGGCUAGAGACGUCUUUGUACAAGUGCAUAGCUCCCCUUGAUUUCAAUGUGUUAGGUACGCUGUGUCCAUAUUGUGCCUAUUUGUUUGCCUGACUCGAAAAAUGGCAAAGUAGUACACGCGGCUACGUCAUCUUUAAUUUCAUUGGUACCAUUAAUAUGAUUCAUACCAUUAAGCUGUCGUCCCCAUUGCAGAUUCCAGUUUUUUUAAAAAUAAUAUUGCCGCAUACCUACAUAUUAAGUUUCGGACACUUCAAAAUAUAUCUUAUUUGUAUUGAACGCAUGUAACGGCUCAUAUACAAAGAUAAAGGGUAUAGUGUGAAAUCCCAUUUUAAAAAUUUCGACCAGCUGUUUUUAUUACACACUAAAAUGAAUUAGUAUUUUCUUUAGUGUUCACGAGCCAUUUUAAAACAGCUUCUGUGGAGGAUAGGUCAUGACUGUGUUUUUAAUGUCAUUCAUCAUUCAGUCGUUCGUUAAGUAUAUUAUCCAUGGUUGUUCGUUACCAGUGUUACCACCAAAACUUUAAAGUAAUAGAAAUGCCUUUUUAACAUAUACAUUAAAAUAGAAAUACCUACGAAAACAAGAAUAUUAUUAUCAUUAUAUUUCAGUAAAGUCAUAAUUUCGGGAAUAGAAUAUUUAUUAAUUUAAUUUAAUUUAUUUAUAUUAUUAUUAUGUAUCAUCAAUUCACUCUUAAGAACAGAAAAUCAAUAUGUUAAAGUCGCGAUUAACUAAUCUAAGCUGGAUAUUUUUUGUGUAAUUAGUAUGAAUCAAAACUUAAUUGAUAUAGUACAUUAGAGUACGCUCUCUAGCACGCAGCAAAAUAAUUUAAACUUUUUAAAUUUAUUUCUUAUUGUUCAUUAAAAGCAACGAAUUAAUAGGUGAUGUAUCGAUAUCUGUGCAUUUCAAUAAAAACUUUACGUAAUUUUACUGCGUUAAAAAAAAAUAUUGUAUACUAUUACUUUAAAAUUAGGCUUCGCGUAGUUUUAGGACAAGUAAAUAAUGGUUGUUUUUGGCAGAGCUUGUAAUUUUAUAUUAUAUUAUAGGUAUCGUAAGUUUAAUCGAAACAAUCGUGUAUAAUGGAAUGUAUUAGAAAAUAGUUUUAAAAAAUGCUGAUGGUUCAUAGUAACAUAAUUAGUGCACACUUAGCAUGUCUUAUUUUAAACUAGCAGUCUAUUACAAGAAUAAUCUUAUAGAAAACACAAUUUAUUUAUAUGAUAAAAAUGCAGUAAAUUUAAAUUACUUACAAUUUUCAUUCUAAUAUAAUAUAAUAUAUAAAUUUGUAAUAAUCCAAUAACACGAAAAUAAUGUUUUAAACUAAUACUUUUAACUGGUCUUCCUAUGAGGUUGAUAUUUACAAAAUAUUGUAUAUACACUUGUUACCUAUACCUGUAAUCGAUUUAAUGUAUUUUAAUGUAGUGUCUCUUGCAGUAGGUAUUUAGAUCGCAAAUUACUGUUCUUUCAGUACUUUCAGUACUGAAUUCUUUGUCAAUUAAGUAAUGCCAAUGCGAUAUUAAUUUACAUUGACAAAUAAAGGAUAUUAAUUAAAAACAAAAUCUAAGUUUAAAGUGUAAGUUAAUUGUAAAGGCUUCUCCACAUUCCAUUGUGAAGCGCGAUUUGAUUGAUAGGACAAAUUCUUUCGGUUCCGCUUAAGGUUCACACCAGAUUCACAUAAUAGUUCGCGUGGCUAAAAAAUGCAUACCGAAGUUGCUAUUCUGCGUGUUGGGCUACUUGACAAAUUAUGUAUUAAUAAAUUUGUCGCGGAACAAAUAACCGCAAAAAGUACGUAAAACAGGCCCUACAAUAGUUUUUCAUGGCCUAGCGUGCGAUUCGCGCGGGAAUGUGGAACUCACUUUAUUUAUGAUGAUAACCGUCAAGAGGAUCCGGCCUACUCCUAAUUUUUAUAUUUAAAAUUUUACUUCAUUUCAUAUUUCUUUUCGUUAAAUAAUUACUUUAUGUAACAUAAUAUCAAAACAACGAAUUUUACUGUUGACCAUUGGUCUGGAUUACGAGUUUAGUGUUUAGAUGCACUCGCUUUUACAGCACUUUUUCUAUGUAAGACUUAUAAAAUUCAUUGUAUUUACAAUACUUUCUUCAUUAGUAGUAAGUAGUGGGCUGUACGGAAUUACGUAUGUACUGUACGGAAUUUACUUAUGGGAAUUUUUAAACAUCGAAUAUCGUUGAGACGAGAAUAUAAAAAAAUAUUUAUUGCUAUAAUUUUAUCAACAAGCGUAACCUAUAAUUCGGAUAUCAGAGUAAAGAACGAUAUCGAAAAAAAAAAUCCUGACAAAUGUUUCCUGUCCCGACAAACUUCUCUUGGUUCUCUAAAUAAACAAUUCCUUUGAAAUUCUUAGAGACGAUACGUACUGCUUGCAGUAACCAUUAAACCAAAUUGGCUUUUAUAAUGCAAAGGAGCCCUCAACAGAAGCACAGUGACUGUGGUGGUGGUGGUUUUUUUUUAAUUCCCAUUGUAGACAGACGAGUAUACGAGCCGUUUCAUGAUGAUGGUCGGGUCACAGAUGUCAGCAACCCCACGGGCACAGCCAAUCAAAGCCAAGUAAAAAACUACGCUCUACAAUAUUUUUUAAAGCAGACGUUCCGUUUCACCUUUAGUACCAGUACCUAACUACUCGGCCGACUUUCCAAAGUAUCUCCCAAAUGGCGAAUUUUAUAUUUAUAUACUUCAUUUAAGGGUCAUUCGGACUGUCUAUAGUUAUAGUCUAAUGGAAGAAGCAUCUACCAAGUUUCUUCAUUCUUUAUGUAUUCUGUAUUUUAUAAGGAAUUUAAGAUACCCUCAUCUUUUCUUAAAUUAUAGCACCUCACGCCACAAGAGACUUUUCAUGACUGCGUUUUUAGUGAUUGCUUGUGCCUCCAUAUUUAUUCAUUCCUAUUAUUCAGCAGCAUAGUAAGAAACGCUUUGCGCUGAGGAUUGGUUUGUCGAUGACAUUGCUGAUGUUUAUGAGUGGCGGUAACUUUUACUCACUUCCGGUGGGUUGUAUAUUUUGAUGGCCAUAUAUAAUUUUGUUGUAUUUUUUUUUUUUUACACGCCACGUUAUCUGGUCCCGUGCUAAGUUCGUAAAUAACUUGUGUUACAGGUACCAGAUAAGGGAAAUAAAUGUAAGAUUUUUAUUAUACACAUACAUAUAUUUAAUAUACAUCCAUAACCCUGGAAAAUACAUUUAUAUUUAUCAUACAUAUUAAAUAUCUUUCCUUGGCGGGAUUCGAACCCGCGACCCCCUUGUGUAGUGACCAUGUCACUUACCACUACACCAGACGGUAGUUAAAUCGUAUUAAUUUUAUAAUUCCUGUUUUCCAUGUAGGAUGAAAAUGUUCCCCAUGUAAAAUGUAAUUUAUUUUCUUUACGUAAAUCAGGCCAUAUUAGAGAGAGAGAGAGAUCUCAAAUUAAUUUCCGUUUUGUGUUCUAAAAGUUUCCGACCAGAAUAGUAUUUUUCUCGUAAAUUUAUCAUCACUAUGUAAGAAAUGUAAUACUAUUAUCUAAUAUAAAAUCCAUCAUAUCAUAAUAAAAAUAUCUAUAUCACAUUGUAUGUGAAACAUGAAUGCAAUAUUUAAAAUUAUUUAAAUACAUACCUAGCAUUUUUUUUUGAGCGCAUGUGUUUAUUUAUUUAUUAUUUAGAUUUUGAAAAUUGCAAAUGGCAAGGAAAAUAGUAGUGUUUAACCCUUUGUAGAAUAAUGAUAUCAUUAUAAGGCCUCUUCCAUAAUAUUAUACCACUUGUUAAGUUUGUUAAUUGUAAGCAAGUUGUUAUUUGUUGUAAUACUGUAGGUAUUUUAGUAGAUUUAGAUGAAAAUUAGGUUGUGUACAAUGUGACUGUGGUCCUAAUUAAAAUUCAGGAACCAUGUUGAGUAGUUUUACAAUUUAAUCCAACAACAAUGUAGAAACCACCAACAUAGCACAGUAUGUUAGUGUUCUGCGAUUAUUAAUAAGGAUCACAGGAAUGUUUGAUAUUGAUAUGUUGAUGAUUGAUCAAUUGGCUGUGAUUUGUUAAACGUUAUUUGUUAGACCAGAGAGGCAGCUUGGCAAUAUUUUUACUAGUUAAAUAAACGACAUUGAAAAUGUAAGCAUUCUUUCAUUUAUUUGGAAACUAUUAUUUGAUCUAUAGUAGUUUUCUUUAAAUAUCUCCCAAUUUAGGUGUGACGCAUCAAACUUAAUUAAUAGGUAAUUGUUGCUAUUUGUAAGAAUUCUUGGUUUCAUUAUAUUUAUAAUAUUAAAAAUCAAAACAUGACCCUAUAUUGAUAAUAAUCUAAUAAUCUCUUAUCUCUAUAAUUGGAACAAGGUAUUACAAACACUCGAGCUCAUUUAUGUUGUUGAUUAUUCUGAAAGCAUCCAAAUUAAAUAACUAAGAACUAUAAGACUGAUGACUAUCAUGUUUAGAACUGAUCUAUUUAAGAUGUAAUGGAACACUAUAUUGAUUUUUUAACUUGAUCUAAAAUUAUUAACAUAACAUUAAGUGCUUUGCUUUAUAUUAAUACAUUUAAAAAAUCAAAGGAAAUGUGUAGAAAAUAAACUUUAUUGGUAUCUUUUAAAUAAAUCUUACAAUGCAAAAGAGCUCUAUCUACUCUGUCCAUCUAUGUUUACAACUUGUACACACAUAAUACAAUCUCAUUUCUUCUUCGGCGCGUCUCGUCUGGCCUUGAAAGAAUACUGCUUCUCUGUGAUUACACUUUGGGCACAUGUGAUCCUUGGUUCUAGGUAAAGUCGGGUCGCUUACUACAUCAGGGUUUAUAUGCGUCAAUUCGUCUACCUCGUGCAUAAUUUUGUUGACGUAAACGCAAUUUGAAUCCGCAAGUUGUUUAUAAUCACAAUUUCUGCACGCGUACAGCAAAACUUUGUUAUUUUUAUCUUCGCGCGGGUAAAGCAUAUUGUUACAUUCUUGACAAAAUUGUAUGCCGACAUAACCAGGACCGCCGUCUUUUCUACUUAAGCUUAUAGCACUCAUUUCCUUACUGUUAAUUUUAAAAUGUCCUAUUCAAAGAUAAUAUAACCACCUCGAAUCGUUUUUUAACACUAAACUUGACAAUUGACAUGAAAGACUACACAGAGGUGUAGUAAUUAAAUUUUACGUCUAUCAUUAUGUUCACACUGGUGUUUUUGCUUAGUUUAGUAAACAAAAA